UUCCCCACCCCUGUGCUGCGCAUCCUCCUCCAACAAUAAAACAACUCGCAGUCGGGAGGUUUCCACGUCCCGCUCUCCGCUCGCUACCGGCCUACCGUCCAUCAUCGAGGAGGAGUGCGGCGCGACGGCCGGAAGGAGAAGAAUCGAUCGAGGGAGAGUUCAAUUGACAUGGCUUCUGAAUCUGAGAACGGCAACUGUAGCGCUUGGGCAGCAAGAGAUCCGUCUGGAAUUCUCUCGCCGUACAAGUUUAACCGCAGAGCAGUACGGAGUGAUGAUGUUUCAUUGAGGAUCACACACUGUGGAGUAUGUUAUGCCGAUGUUAAUUGGACGCGAAAUAUGCACAACGAUUCAGCGUACCCUUUGGUUCCCGGGCAUGAGAUAGCUGGAGUUGUAACUGACGUUGGUUCAGAAGUCAAGGGAUUUAAAGUGGGUGACCAUGUAGGUGUCGGAACAUAUGUGAACUCAUGCCGAGACUGUGAGAACUGCAAUAGCUCACUAGAAAACCACUGCCCAAAAACAGUUUUUACUUUCAACAGAAUCGAUACAGAUGGCACUGUCACAAAGGGAGGAUAUUCCACUCAUAUUGUAGUCCACGAAAGGUACUGCUUUAAGAUACCAGAUGGCUACCCUUUGGAAAAGGCAGCGCCACUACUGUGUGCCGGUAUAACUGUCUAUACUCCCAUGAUGCGACACAACAUGAACCAACCUGGAAAGUCACUUGGGGUCAUUGGACUCGGUGGGUUGGGUCACAUGGCAGUGAAAUUUGGUAAAGCCUUUGGGCUUAAGGUCACAGUUUUCAGUACAAGCGAAUCAAAGAGAGAUGAAGCCAUACACCUUCUUGGAGCAGACAAUUUUGUGAUAUCAUCAAACACGCAGCAGAUGGAGUCCCUCAAAAACUCCAUGCACUUCAUUGUUGAUACUGCUUCCGGUGACCAUCCAUUUGAUCCCUAUCUUUCACUCCUUAAGGUUGGUGGUGUGAUGGCAGUAGUUUGCUUUCCAAGUGAGAUCAAAGUGCAUCCUGCAAUCCUUAAUCCUGGUGCACGAACCCUAUCUGGUAGUAUUGUUGGAGGUACAAAGGUAAUCCAAGAAAUGGUUAACUUCUGUGCAACGAAAAAAAUAUAUCCAGAGAUUGAGAUCAUCAAGAUGGAUUAUAUCAACGAGGCUCUCCAGAGGCUCGUUAAUCGGGAUGUGAAAUACCGCUUUGUAAUCGACAUCGAGAACUCUUUCAAGUAGCAAGAGGCAUCUCUCAUUCUGAUGCUCUUUUCUGUUGAUCCAUGUUGAAGACUAAGCAAUAAUGCGUGGGUUAUGUCAAAUAUCCUUGAUGUAAUGCUGCUUCUGCAGUUCUAUGUUUCUUGUGUGUACUGUGCCGCAACCUGCUCCUCCUACCCACCCGCCCCCAACUCCUACACACACAUCUUCCCUUCCUCCAUAAGUGAAAGAAUGGCUUCCUCCUCUUUCAGGACGUGUUUUGAAGAGGUAGAUAUAUAGGGGUGUUUACAUGACUGUAUGAAUGCAAAUGUACUUUGAUUCAAAUAAAAUAACAAGGAAACCAAUACUUAUUGUAUUGAGUUGUGGAAAAAUAA